GGCCCGGGGAUGGCUCUUUCCCGGCUCCCGGCAGCUUUCCUGCUUUUCCUGCUCCUGCUGCCUCUGCGACCCCUGCUCGGGACCCCGGCCCAGACCUCGGACAGGGCCCCCGUGCCCCAGCGCUGGAAGGAUCCCGGGAUCGGCGGCCCAUCGCACAGCCCAGAGACGCAUCGCUCCCCCGUUAGGACAUCUCUGCUGGGCCACCUUGCCCCGGGCUCAGCCCGAAGUCCCCCUCGCUGCGGGGUGCCGGACGUGCCCAAUGGCCUGAACCCGAGGAACCGUCAGAAGCGCUUUGUGCUUUCCGGGGGGCGCUGGGAGAAGACCAACCUCACCUACAGAAUUAUCCGGUUCCCGUGGCAACUGGUGAAGGCUACGGUGCGGCAGACCAUAGCCGAGGCCCUGCAGGUCUGGAGCGAAGUGACGCCCCUCACCUUCACUGAGGUGCAGGACGGGAGGGCGGACAUCAUGAUUGACUUCACCAGGUUCUGGCACGGAGACACCCUACCGUUCGACGGGCCGGGGGGCAUCCUGGCCCACGCUUUCUUCCCCAAGACCCACCGGGAGGGAGACGUCCACUUCGACUACGAUGAGACGUGGACCGUCAGGAGCGAUCUGGGCACGGACCUGCUCCAGGUGGCCGCCCACGAGUUCGGCCACGUGCUGGGCCUGCAGCAUACCCCCGUUGCCAAAUCGCUCAUGUCGCCGUUCUACACCUUCCGCUACCCGCUGCGUCUGAGCCAGGAUGACCGACGGGGCAUCCAACACCUCUACGGGCCGCGGGGGCCCACCCCGGCCCCCACCGCCCACCUCCGGCUCCCACCCCCGUCGGAAAGGGAGCCCCCCAAUCCAGGCAUCGACACCAACGAGAUCGCCCCUUUGGGGCAGCCUUUGCAGCCGAACGCCUGCGACACGGACUUCGACGCCGUGUCCGCCAUCCGCGGGGACCUCUUCUUCUUCAAGUCCCGCUUCGUGUGGAGGCUGCGGAAGGGCGAGUUGCAGCCCGGCUAUCCGGCCCUCGCCUCCCGCCACUGGCAGGGCAUCCCGAGCGCUCUGGACGCCGCCUUUGAGGACGCCAGGGGCCACAUCUGGUUCUUCCAGGGUGGCCAGUAUUGGGUGUACAAUGGAGAACGCCGCAUCUCGGGCCCCGGGCCGCUGUCGGAGCUGGGCCUGUCGGGCUCCCGCCUCCACGCCGCCCUCACGUGGGGCGCCGACCGGAACAAGAUCUACUUCUUCCAGGGGGGCAACUACUGGCGCUUCAACCCCGGCACCCGCCGGGUGGACGGCCUCUCCCCCCGCAGGACCACCGACUGGCGGGGGGUGCCCUCUGAGAUCGACGCCGCCUUCCAGGAUGCGGACGGGUACGCCUACUUCCUGCGCGGCCACCAUUACUGGAAGUUUGACCCGGUGAGGGUGAAAGUCCUGGAAGGUUUCCCUCGCCUCAUCGGCCAAGACUUCUUCAACUGCGCCUCCUCCUUCAACUCCUUCCGCUGAGAGGCAGCCAUCCCUCUGGGGUCUCCUCCCCCCCCAGGGCACCCACCC